AUGUCGCGGUCUGUGGUUUGCGGGGUGCUAAGUUUGGUGGCUUGGAUGCGAUUGAAGUCUGUUUACGCGGGCAAUUGCAAUGCAGAAGUCGCGCGGGAGAAAAUGCAAAUGAAUAAAAUGCAGAACGGCAAGCCGAAGAAAAUGGCGAAAAGACUGCUGGCGAAAUCGCCUCUGCUGCGUCCGCUACCUGCGGUGACGUUUGGUCGUGAUAUGGGAAAAAAGAGGUGUUGGUAUUGUUUCGUGGGGAACGCGGUCGAGCGAUCGCGUUUGGGGCCGGCGUUAUGUCAAUCUCAAAAGCCCACCCUCAGUGUUGAAUUUCCCCGAAUAAACAUAACUAAUCCAAUGUUAUGCUUGAUUGGCAGGCUCCAGGUUGCUGUGUCAACCGCCACAACCUUUGGAUGGAACCAGGCCGGGCCAUGGCCGUGA